UAUACUCUUCGUUUGCCAGAUUCCGGUCUUCAGCGACCCCUUGGAUCCUUAUAAGCGGCUUUGGAUCGCAUACGUCAACACAGCCCUUGGAGUUCCGCAAUUCCGCAACUCGUUCUCAUCACGCCAUCCUUAGACCGUUUUAAAGCAACAUGCUUCCAUGUUCCUUUAUCAAAAGGGAAGGUGACAGAAAAAUAAAAAGGAGAUGGGAAUAGAUCUGUAUAUCGAACAUUCAGCUUCAACAAUCCGAGGUACUCUAUCUAUAUAGUCCUAUAUAGUCGGAGUCUGAUACUGUCCGUCCCGCCCGGAUUAGAGUUCGACGGGAAUAGGGAGGCUCGGCCCCGUCUGGUAACUCUGGUUGAGUGGGGAUGGCACAUCACCGACACGUGACAAAUUGCCAUUGUCGGCGCAGCGCAGGAGUGAAGCACGAGAUCAAGUUGUCUUAAUCCACUUUUCCCGGAACUCGUCGCAUUCGGUACUGCACAUCAAAAUAAACUGCGACCCUGUAUAGCAUCCCAAGCUAAACCCUUCUCCUCCAAUCUCAGUGUUCUCAAUUCGGCCUUAUACAUUUGGAGUCCCACGAUACCUCCCCCCUCUUCCACCCUCCCCCCACUGUCUUGUCCAAUUAUGUGGUCCUCAAGGGACCAGCCCUCACUGGCAGCACACCCUUUUUCAGAUGGUGUCAUUGCAGGCAUAAAGUAACGAUCAUUAUGAUCUGCCAUUCAGUCGGUAGCUUGAUAUAGAUUCCAUAUAUAUACCAGCACAUAACCCGGGAGGGUUAACAAUGGUCCCCCAUUUCUUGCUUUUUCAUUCUUUGAACCUCCCGCAGCAACUUGAAUCUCGAAGAAGCUAUACCCUUCAGAUAGGACGUCAUGGGGGAGGUAGAAGAAACUCCAUCUCCAUCGCCAUCGCAGCGUAAAGCAGAUUUGUCCCAGCCAGCAUACGAUGACUCCAAGCUUGAGGCCGGAGUGCUCUCGGUGACCGAGAGCGAUACCUUUCGUAACGCGGCAGAUGAAGCGGUUGCGGCAAUCCCCAAGGGCACAAUUGACCCGGUCUAUGAGGCGAAAGCUCGUGUCUUGAACCAUGCGGUAAUUUAGCCAGAGGCCUUUUCCCAAGCACUCCGUCAUUAUCGGGCAGCUCAUGGCUCAGAUACUUAUUGCUCCCAGAUCCAAGAAAUCGGGAUGGGGUGGUAUCAGUGGCAGCUAUUCGUCGUCGUGGGGUUUGGCUGGGCAAACGACAAUCUGUGGCCCAUUGUGACCUCUUUGAUAUUCACUCCGAUCAAAAACGAGUUCAAUCCGUCCAAACCACCGCUUCUCAGUCUUGCACAGAAUAUAGGCCUCCUUGCAGGCGCUAUGUUCUGGGGCUUUGGCUGUGACGUCUUCGGCAGAAAAUGGGCAUUCAACUUGACACUUGGUAUCACAGCCGUAUUUGGUCUGAUCUCAGCAGGGUCCCCCAACUUCGCCUCCAUUGGAAUCUUUGCUGCCCUCUGGAGUUUCGGCGUUGGCGGCAACCUCCCAGUGGACUCGGCUGUCUUCCUCGAAUUUCUCCCAGGAUCACAUCAAUAUCUCCUGACAAUUCUGUCGAUUUACUGGGCAAUUGCUCAGGUCGUGGCUACUCUGGUUGCCUGGCCGCUUCUGGGGAGCCACACAUGUGAAGAGAAAACAGUGUGCCAUAGAUCUGAUAACAUGGGCUGGAGAUACUUCGUCAUAGUGAUGGGGGCGAUAUCAAUGGUUGAGUUCUUCGUCCGCUUUGGCUUCUUCACGGUCUUCGAGUCCCCGAAGUACCACAUGGGUAAGGGAAAUGAUGAGGAGGCCGUCCGGAUUGUCCAUGAAGUCGCCAAAAGAAAUGGAAAGGUUUCCAACCUUACUCUCGCCGACCUCCAAGCCUGCGACCCGACUGGUGCUGGUGCACAAACCGACGCAGCCGCAGCCCUAAAGCGUAAACUUGAGAAGUUCAACCUAACGCAUGUGCGCGCCCUCUUUGCAACUCCAAAACUGGCACUAUCAACGUCCUUGAUCAUUUUGAUCUGGGCCUUUAUUGGAUUGGGAUACCCUCUCUACAACGCAUUCCUGCCAUACCUACAAGCAAUCCGCGGCGCUGAGUUUGGUGACGGGUCCACUUACCUCACCUACCGUAACUCGCUCAUUGUGGCCGUCCUCGGUAUCCCUGGCGCUCUGAUAGGCGGUGCCCUCGUUGAGGUCCGCGGCUUUGGGAGGAAGGGCACACUUUCUGCCUCAACAGUUCUCACGGGGGUUUUCCUGUACGCCUCAACCACGGCAGUGACAUCCAACGCGCUGCUAGGUUGGAAUUGUGCCUUUAACUUCUUUUCGAAUAUAAUGUUCGCAGUGCUUUAUUCGUAUACACCAGAGGUAUUCCCCACAAAAGACCGCGGGACAGGCAAUGCGCUCACUGCGACGGCGAAUCGGAUCUUUGGGAUCAUGGCUCCCAUCAUUGCAAUGUAUGCAAACCUGGAGACGUCAGCUCCGGUGUAUACCAGUGGAGCUUUGUUCAUUGCGGCAGGACUGCUUGUUAUCAUCUUGCCCUUUGAAUCACAAGGGAAAUCGAGUUUAUAACUUGUAUCUAGUAACGGAGGUCUAGCUAGAGUGUUGACCAUUAGGUGUACUGAUGCUGAAUAUUGAGUAAUAUAUAAAACCUAUUAUAAGGUUAUAAAUGCAGA